CGAUGGCUUCCACAGCAGCGGAGGAGGAGAAGGGGUCCCCCGUGGUGGUGGGGCUGCUGGUUGUGGGGAACAUCAUUAUCCUGCUGUCAGGCCUGGCCCUGUUUGCUGAGACAGUCUGGGUGACAGCUGACCAGUACCGCGUGUACCCCCUGAUGGGCGUCUCUGGCAAGGAUGAUGUCUUCGCGGGUGCCUGGAUUGCCAUCUUCUGUGGCUUCUCCUUCUUCGUGGUGGCCAGCUUUGGUGUAGGGGCUGCACUUUGCCGACGCCGGUCCAUGAUUCUCACGUAUCUGGUGCUGAUGCUGAUCGUCUACAUCUUUGAGUGUGCCUCCUGCAUCACCUCCUAUACCCACCGUGACUAUAUGGUGUCGAACCCGUCCCUGAUCACCAAGCAGAUGCUGACCUUCUACAGCGCGGACACGGACCAGGGCCGGGAGCUGACCCGCCUGUGGGAACGCAUCAUGACCGAGCAAGAAUGCUGUGGCACGUCUGGUCCCAUGGACUGGGUGAAUUACACGUCCACGUUCCGGGCUGCCACUCCGGAAGUGCUGUUCCCCUGGCCCCCACUGUGCUGCCGCCGGACCGGAAAUUUCAUCCCCCUCAACGAAGAGGGCUGCCGCGUGGGCCACGUGGAUUACCUGUUUACCAAGGGCUGCUUCGAGCACAUUGGCCAUGCCAUUGACAGCUACACGUGGGGCAUCUCAUGGUUUGGAUUCGCCAUCCUGAUGUGGACGCUCCCUGUGAUGCUGAUAGCCAUGUACUUCUACACUACCCUCUGAGCACCCAGAAGGGAUGCCAAGGACACAUCCGGCCUCCAUCUUGUGCCUCUUGCCUCCACUGCCUCCCCUCUCCCAUGCCCACCUGCCUGCUUUCUGUCCCCAGAGACAUCUUUCUAAGUUUCUGAGCCCUCCUGGGCUU